UGAAAUACUUUGGAGUACGUUUGGAUUCAUCUGAUUAUAAAAAAGAGUAUAGUUUUUGUAAAAUCAAACAAAACAUAUUAGAAGAUAAAGAAAGUAGACUUAAUAUAGAUGAUAAACAAGAAUAUAAUUAUUAA